AUGCCACGUUAUUAUUACCUAUUACAUAUUUACAAAAUAUCCUUAUAAAGAGUCAACAUUAAUAACGUGAGUUCUUUAAAAAAAUUGUCAUAAAGAACAUUUGCUUUUUAUCAAUUUGAACGAAGUACAUUUUGCUUUACAAAGCGCCGGCUCUAAAAUGAACCAUGAAUUUUAUCUUCGACAGGAAGAGUUACAUGUGAGAAAGUAAAAAUUCUAAAUCCUUUAUAGUCAACUAUUCACAAUUCUAAGAAUAGGAGCAAUGUUUCUCUUCGCUCUUGGCACAGCCACGCGAGUAAUUUGUUUGAUAAUAAAUUAAAUUACUAGCAUUAAGAAUAAAUUCAUCAAUAAUUUGAUGAUGUAAUAUACAUUGUAAGAAUACUAGCAAUAAUGAUCAUGAUACUUUAUAGCUAAAACAAUUCAUUCAAUGCAGUUGUAAUGCAACGUAAGAAACGCUAUACAGUCAUUUUUUAAGACCAUUAGAGUUAUUUGGAUAAUUUACUGAUUACUCUUAUCAAGGCACCGUUUUCAUCUUUUAGCCUCUGGUUUUCACAUUUCAAUUGGUCCAUCACCUAGAAAAAAAAAAAAAAUGUAAAACUACUUUGUGUUAUUUUUAAUUGUAUUCCUUACUAAAAAAAAUUUAAAAAAAGAAAGAUAAAGGAAAAAAUACAAAGGCAAUGCCAUUAUAGAGUGGGUCAAAUAAAUAUAAAUAGUCACAAAACAAAAUGAAAUAACUCAAACAGAAAAUAGGAAACAAGCAAAUACUAUUGUAAUUAGAGAUUUAGAAAUUAUUUUAUAAUAUAAUUAUAAAACACUAUAACAAUUAGGUGCAUCAAAAUUAAAGGAGUAGUGUAUAUAAAAUAUAACAAGCAGGUAUAAUUUUACUGCUAUUAUAAAAAUCUUGCACACAUGUAAUAAAAAUAUGAUUAAACUAAAAUAUUGAAUUUUGUUAAUUUUUUUUAAAUCUUUGGAGAAUUUAUAUGUUUAUAAUAAUUUAAUAGUAUGUUAUAUUUUCAAAUUAUACGCAUAAAUAAAAAAUAGAAGCAAACAUAAUUAUUGCACGUAAAGCAAUUACUAAUGUAUACCCCAAUAUCUUGGCUCGUUUAACACAUAUUUAUUAUUUUCUGUUUCGAAGUUAACAUUUUAAUUAUAUUUCUGGCUCUUUGUACUGUAAAUUUAUGCAAUUUUAUUAUAAUUUUUUAAGUAAAUUAUUUCUUUAUUAUUUGAUCAAAUUUUAUACCUUAAUUACUUAAUUUUUUCAUGCAUCUUAUAAAAUUACUAUUAGACAAUAAAUAAAGAAUGAUAUGCAUAAUAAUAUAUCGGGCAAUGAAAUGUGAGUAUCAAACAAUACAUAGUGCAAUAAAAUAUAACUUUAUUCUUAACAUGCUUUUUUAGGAAAAAGUGUAUUGUUAUAUAAGUUCUUAAAUAUCGAUUUUAAAUAUUUCCUUUUAGUUUAAAAUAAAAGUUUAAAAAUAUUACUAGUAUUUCUAAAGUUUCAUGUAGUUGAAAUAAAAGGUAUUUAUAACUUUCUUUUUUAAAUUAAAAUAUUUUGAAAUAAUUCAUGUUCUAUUGAUCAUAAUUAUAAAGUUCUUUUAACUCAAUUUUAAAACUAAAAUAAAGGACAGGCUGCGUUUUUUAAUUUUGUGGAAGAACAUAACUAGGUUUUUGAUAUUUUAGCUUUUACUAAUGUAAUAUUUAUAUUGGUACAAAUGAUUUAAUGAUAAAAUAUUUGUAAAUUUUAUUAAACGUCACAUUUUUAAGAAUCUGAAAAUAUAAAAUGUAUAAGACUGAAUGAAAAUGCAUAUAUUAUAAGAUUGUAAGUAUUAUUCAUUAGUAAAAUAGAAAAAAAAUGUUGUUUACAUAAUUAUAGCAUAAUAUCUAUUAAAAAGAUUUACAAAAGCUUUAAAUUUUUGUACCAUAAGCUGUUAUAGAUUCUUAAAAUGAAACUUAUUUUAAUGAUCAAUUACGCGUAGUAUAUUUUGCGAAGCUGUAUUAUAAGAUAAGUCAGUGAGCGACAUCGUUUCAAUAUUGCGAUCAGAACGUAAAAAUCGUAAGUUAUCAAUUAAUUAAUUAAUAUUGUACGUGAAAUACGAUGUACACUGUUAACGCAGAUGCUGUCAUUAUGUCCUUUACCUAUUUAGUAGUAUUGGUGAGUUUGGAUACGACGCGGGUAAGUGCCCGAUUUUCGGCUUUCAAUCUCUCAUUUUCAGCUUUGAGCUUUUGUAAUUGCUGUAAACAGUGAAACGAUUAGCCCAAAAUUCGCUUGUUUUGUAAAAGCCCCACCAGAUAAUACUAUAUACUCUAUCAUCAUUUAUUACAUUUUCAAUUAUUGACCAGAUGUAUAGAUAAUGUAAAUCACACAGAUUAUAAAUUAAAAAAAAAUGAAAUAAAAUAAGAAAAAAGAAAAAAAAUAUUAAAAUCAUUGCGUAAAUAAGCGUGAUUAUUUGAUAAGAAGUACUAAAAAUAAAAGCACCAAGAAAUGGCAAAUAAAGAAAAAAGCAAUGCAUUAAAAGCUGCUUAUACUUCUUGAAUUUUUUCUUAAAUUAACCACUCCAGAUAUGCUGGCACCUUCCUCUGUAUUUAGUUAUAACAAUCAAAAAAAUUGUCAAAAAAUUGUAACGUGCAUUCUAAUUAGGAAAUGUAUAAAAAAUAUAUAAUCAUAAAAAAUUUAUGAAAAUAUAAUGAUAUAUAAUAAGUAAAAUUAAAAUGUUUCAAAUAAUUGUUUCAUAAAUUUAAUAAAUUUCUUGAUAAUAUUUGAAUAUUAUUUUUAGAAAACAAUGGAUAUAACUGUAACUAAAAAAUGUAAACAUAAAAAGUUUAUAAUUCUUGCCUUCAAUUCUUCUUCCAUUUCCGACAAUUUCCUUUCCAUUGCUCUCCUUUCUCUUUUCUCAGCUUCAGAUAAGACUGUUUUAUUUUGUGCACUUUGUGCUUUGUCCAAUAAAUUUCUGGUUUCCCUUAAUUGUUCAUCUGACCGCCUAAGCUUUUCUUUAAGUCUUUCAUUUUCUACUUGAGAUUCUUCAUACAAUUUUUUAUAAUCUAAUUCUCCAUUCUCAGAAGUUGUAG